UAAAUAGAAGUUUAAAUUUUUAUAUUGACGGUUAUUAUUAAUAGAAGAAGGGUGUGCAUUUAAAUCCUUGUUUAUUUCAUGACGGUAUGACGUCUCUUAGUCGCCUUACAUGUCCUCUAUAGUAAGACAUACCUGAGAUUCUUUACAUUCCGGAUAAGGAUUUUGCCGUAUAAGGCAGCAUUAUUUAUAGCUACCGGUGAACAGCUGUUUAAAUUUGGACAUGGAUGCCUAGUAUCGGCGACAUUAAACCUCUAUUGGGCACUGAUUUUCUUAACAUGCCACUCAUCCAAUGUGUACUGUAAAUUAAAUGGCUGAAUUCAAGGUGGGGAAUAGAAGUAAAUCUUUCCCUUUUAAAAGAGAAAUGCCGAUGUUCAUGAGUUCUUCUAGAAAACUGGACACAAAGUCAUUAGAGAAAGAACUGCUGUCUCGGUUCAAAAGCAGACGACUUCAUCCCCAUUACCACGUGCAGAUGGGUAUCAAUAAAUCGCCGCGGCAACGGCUUGAAAAGUCGUUCUACCCAAGUUCCAGGCAGCUAGCUGUCCAGUCCAUAGAUCGAGUUUACCAUAAUGACGUCACAUUGCCAAGCAUAACAUGUGCAGCAGACGACCGUAUUGGUGCUGACGUCAUCGACACUUUCGACGUACAUAGCCAUAAGAAACACGACCGUGGCCAUAAUGAUAAACACAGACAUUCUCUACCUAACUUGAAACCCCAGAGCCAGUUUAAUGGGUACUCGAGUCAAGGUGUAAAUUUUGAAAAGCAAUUUACGUCGCCUCGACUGAGGAAUUCUGACGAUGCAUCUGAUUCAAGAUUCUACACCAUGAACAAAAAACCCAGAGGUAUUGCUAUAAUAAUCAACAACUACGAAUUCUACAAAGAAAUGAUAGCAAUUACCAAUAGUGGACCACAGACUCUGAGAGUGAUACAGAAAGGAUUGAGGCGAGAUGGAUCCAUAGAGGACACAGACAAACUGGGUUGCUUCUUCAGGAACGAAUUACAUUUCAUUGUCAAGGGAUACGCAAACGUACCAGCGCGAGACAUGGUCAAGAUUCUGAGUGACGUCAGCGAUGACAACCACGCCCAAUUCGAUGCCUUUGUCUGCUGUAUCGCCAGUCACGGUCGGAAAGGGACACUCUUUGGAAGCGACUGUCGCGAAAUAAAAGUUCAUGAAAUCACGGGUUUGUUUACAGGCAGUCGAUGCGUCUCCUUGUCGGGUAAACCAAAAUGCUUCUUUAUUCAGGGCUGCUGUGGAGACCAUUUCAGUCUAAAAGAUGUUCUGAGCGGUCCGAGGAAUAUUCCUAGAGAACACAGCUACAUCCCGCUGACCUGCGACUUCCUCAUCGCUUACUCCAUGGUAAGAAAUUGUACGGAGUAUCCGGUGCGGCAGAGCGAGAGCCUCCUGUACAAAACUCUCUUGAGAUACAUUAGGAAAUAUUCACACAGGUACGAUCUCACCAGCAUCAUGGUUCGUGUCAAGAAGGCUUUAGCCAAACUACAGGAGUCAACCAUCGGGGUGGACAGUGUCUUUCAGUGCAAUUUCCGGGCCCAGUUAUCAUUUUGAGUAGACACUACAUGCGCUGGACAAAUGGAUCGAAUUGAAAAAUAACACAGAGUGAGAGAGAAAGAGAGAGAGAGACUUAAUUAAUGUUUUUCUUUCUUUUUUGUGGACAUAUACAUGGGUUUUUUUAAGAAUUAAAGCGUUGGGGGAAAUGUAAAUGUAUAUUUUCACAACGAUCCGAAGUUGAUAUGGAAUUUAUUUCCAGUUCCAAGGAUACACAUUCUUUGAGUAUCAUGAUGUGAUAAUUUUAGUCGGGAGGUGAUUAUAUCCAAUACAGCCCGACUUUAAUUAUCACCUCAUAAUAUUUUAAAAAUGAUUCCUUAUUGCUUUUAUUGAUAUAAUUUUUAGCAAUUGUACGAUUAAAUAUUUCAAAUACAGUACUGACAUAACGUUAAAUUCAUUUCGUUUAAUUAUGCAAACCCCGCUUUGCGCCCCACACUACGUCAUUUGCAUCAUUGAUGAAAUAUAUUCCAGACUACUUGGAUGGGUAACGUUAUCACAAAGACAUUAGAAAAUGUAAACAUUAUCAUUCAACCAUUUUGUUACAGAAUUUUAAAAGCCGGUAUCAUCAUGAUUAAUGGAUAGGAUAUAAUUACCAUUUUAACGUUCAAAGUCAAACUCUUGGAAUAAUGCUUUUUUCAAGAAUAAUAUGUGAAAGCUUCUUUUAAAAUAUAUUAUCUAAUCAAACCAAGAGCUUUGAUUAAUUUUUCUUACAUAACAGCCUAGGAGGUCCGUACAAUAUAUAUAUACAGUUGAACUUCGGUAUCACGAACACCUAUACCUUGAAUACAAUGGAUAUGUUGAAGUGAUUUUUAAGUCCCAAACAUUUAAACUAAGUAUUUUACUCCUGGUAUCUCGAAUUCUCGGAUACGUCGAAGUUUUUAACCAGUCCCACCUAAGCUAGUUCGAGGUAACGGAAUUUGACUGUAUAUACUCGGACCAGAUCCCCUAUCAAUGCAUGAGGAGAAUUUCCAUGUCACUUUUCAUACUUCAUAGAGUUCAUUUAUCAUUAAAGAUAAUUCUUUGUUUGAAAGUAUAAAUGUUUAAAGCCAAACCAAGGAACAUUUCUUAAUUUUACAAAACCCAAUGAUUCAUAAAAAGACUGUUUUGUAUUCAAAGAUAUUUACCUUAUGACUGCUAACUACAUAUUCAUUUGUAACUCAAAAAAAUACAAAUAAAAAUUUAAAAAAAGAACAAAUCCUCUUUGUUAGAUAAUUGCAUGUUUGGUACUUUAUUUAAUGUAUUAAAAAUUGCACAACUACAUGUAUAUAAAAUGAAAAACAUAAAACAGACUUUGCAUGUAAAAAAUUGUUAAUGGAUUAUUUAAAGCUAUAUAUAGAGUUUUAUUUGAGAGUUCCUGGUGUUCCAAUCAACCAAUUUGAGAUUCUUCUUUCAAUAAUACAAUAUCAUAAAUUGCAGUGGAUGUCCACUAAAUUAACAAGCUUCAAAAAAUUGUGCACUGGUCUUCUUAAACUAAGUAAUGUUCUGUUGUGGUAUGAAAUGGUUAAAAAAAACAUGAAAUAUUGCACAAAAAACAAUAAGCAUUGCUAUGCCUACAGAGUCUUACUGGCUAAUACCAAUAGAAGUUUUUCCUUUUCAUUGUUGACUAGAUCCAAUACUGGUUUUCAAAUAAAAAAAAAAAGAAAGAAAAAUUUCUCUAAAAUGGUACAUCUUGAUGCAAAG